CAUGUCCCACACACCAUGGCAACAGGGGGCGCUAAUGAGCACCUCAUGAUUUUAGCCAAUCGCCAAAAAAAACAAAAAAAAAACAAGAAGAAGAAGAAGAAGAAGAAGAAGACCAUGGAGAGCAAACACAUGUCUGCCUUUGCUCUGUAUCAGAGUCUGCAGUUAGAUCUGUCCCCUCCGGUUAAGAAGCCCUUCCAGCGGGUACAGGUGGAAGUAAAGAAGAAAAAGAAGAAAGUAAAUGGAUCUGCAGCUGUUAAUGUCAACCAGAGUAGGGCCAAGAGGAAGAAGAUCCGAAAUAAGCUUCUGAAGGCAGCAAAUAAAGAGGAGAGUAAGAAAGCCGGACCAGAAAUAACUCAGGAGGAGGAGAGUGUAACUGGAGAGUCUUUGGAUGCUGUGCUGACUGAGCUGACCAAAGUCAACAACAGCAGAGAGAGAGCCAGCAAGUUAUUUCAGUGGCUCAUCAAACCCGUUCCUGCCAAGUCCUUCUUCAGGGAAACAUGGGAAAAGAAGCCUGUCUUUGUUCAACGCAAGAAUCCAGAUUACUACAAGGGACUGUUUUCAACAGCUGAGUUUGAUCGCAUAUUGAGAGAGGAAAAUGUUCAGUAUGGAGUGAACCUGGAUAUCACUAGCUACGUUAAUGGCAAGAGGGAAACGCACAACCCACCAGGGAGAGCCCUGCCGUUCACCGUGUGGGAUUUUUAUGAGAGUGGCUGCUCUGUCCGCCUGCUGAAUCCUCAGGCUUUCUCUUCCACAGUAUGGAAUGUGCUGUCCAUCCUCCAGGAGCAGUUUGGUAGCAUGGCAGGAGCCAAUGUAUAUCUGACGCCCCCUGGAACCCAAGGCUUUGCUCCACAUUAUGACGACAUUGAAGCUUUUGUGGUUCAGCUGGAAGGGAAGAAACACUGGCGAGUGUACAGUCCGAGGUCAGAAGAUGAAGUCUUGCCUGUGCUUUCAAGUCCAAACUUUGACCAGGCAGAGAUCGGGAAGCCCAUCCUGGACGUGGUGCUGGAAGCCGGGGAUCUCCUCUUCUUCCCUCGAGGAUUCAUCCAUCAGGGCAUCUGCCUACCGGACGCACACUCUCUGCACAUCACCAUCUCCUCGUACCAGAAAAACAGCUGGGGGGACCUGCUGCAGAAGGUCAUUCCUGCCGCAUUAGAAGUGGCGAUGGAGGAAGAUGUGGAGUUUAGACGGGGUUUACCUUUGGGCUACCUGACCUACAUGGGUGUGCAAAAUUCAGAUAAGGAGGACCAACGGAGGGUAAAAUUCUUGUCCCGAAUUGAGAACUUGAUGAAGAGACUGCCGAAUUACGCCCCGGUGGACGCUGCUGUCGACCAGAAAGCCAGAGAAUUCUUCCAUGAUUGCCUUCCACCUGUUCUGACUCCAGACGAACUGGCCACCAGUGUGCAAGGAGCACCAAGUAGAUGGGCAGACAGUGAAGUUAAGGACGUUGGUGUCCACAUUACUACCCAGACCCAAAUCAGAAUGCUUCGUGCAGGGUGUGCCCGACUGUGCAGUGAUGGAGAUGCUGUGCACCUUUGCUACACCACUGAUAACUCCAGAGUUUACCACACAGAGGAGCUGAAGAGCUUUGAAAUACAGACAGAGCUCACAGAUGCCGUAGAGUUUCUGAUCCAUUCUUAUCCCAACUUUGUGACAGUUGAAAGUUUGCUGUGUGAUUCUGUUCAGGAAAAGAUUGCUUUGGCAGAACUCCUUUUUGAGAAGGGAAUUAUUCACACUGCUGAACCCCUUCAGGCACCACCAACUGUUCAGUCACACUGACCACAUAAAGAAAAAUAAAUUUGUUCAAAUCUUCAGCAUAAAA